AUGCACGGGAAGGAAGUGGGCAGCAUAAUAGGAAAGAAAGGUGAAACAGUAAAGAAGAUGAGAGAAGAGAGCGGGGCUCGCAUUAAUAUAUCAGAGGGCAACUGUCCUGAACGGAUCACAACACUGGCAGGCCCCACCACAGCCAUCUUCAGAGCCUUCUCCAUGAUCAUUGAAAAACUUGAAGAGGACAUAAGCAGCUCCAUGACAAACAGCACAGCCUCCACCAAGCCUCCGGUAACACUACGCAUCGUGGUCCCUGCCAGCCAGUGCGGCUCGCUCAUCGGCAAAGGAGGCUGCAAGAUCAAGGAGAUACGAGAGUCCACAGGAGCUCAGGUGCAGGUGGCAGGAGACAUGCUUCCAAACUCCACGGAGCGAGCCAUCACCAUCGCUGGCACUCCCCAGUCCAUCAUCGAAUGUGUAAAGCAGAUCUGUGUGGUCAUGCUCGAGUCUCCUCCCAAAGGGGUCACCAUUCCUUAUCGACCAAAGCUUUCAGGAUCCCCAGUCAUCUUUGCAGGAGGACAGGCGUAUGCUGUACAAGGACAACACGCCAUUCCACAGCCAGAUUCUUCCUCUGCUGCUAUCUCUCCACAGCUCACCAAGCUUCAUCAGUUAGCUAUGCAGCAGAGCCCAUUCCCCAUCGCCACCAGCAAUACUGGAUUCACUGGAAUAGACGCGGCUUCGCAGAACGCCACCCAUGAGAUGACCAUUCCAAACGACCUCAUUGGAUGCAUCAUCGGCCGCCAGGGAGCCAAGAUCAAUGAAAUUCGACAAAUGUCCGGUGCCCAGAUAAAGAUUGCGAACCCGGUGGAUGGCUCCACCGAUCGCCAGGUCACCAUCACCGGCACCGCGGCCAGCAUCAGUCUGGCAGAGUACCUCAUUAACGCCAGUGUAGAGUCCUCUAAACCUCCUCCCUCCUCCUCCUCCUCCUCCUUGAACCCCGAACAGGCCUCCUCUGCUUCUACUACCACCACCACCUCCUCUGCUGCUAGCUCCACCUUGUCCUCCACCUCCUCCUGUAUGGUGCCCCCUUCAGCCUCCAUCCCUCUCUCCUCCUCCUCCUCCUCCACCACUGACUCCCUGCUUCCCAGCUCUCCUGCCUGUGUGUCGAGUCUCCUCAGUCUCAAGCCCCUUCCUCUCCUCGCCCUCCAUGUUGUCAGCGGCAACAGUAACCCCAGUAACCCCACACACCCCAUCUAUAGAACAGACUAUUCUGGAGAGCGCCCUCUUCAGGCUGGAGAGCGCCCUCUUCAGGCUGGAGAGCGCCUUCUUCAGGCUGGAGAGAGCGCCCUCUUCAGGCUGCAGAGCGCCCUCUUCAGGCUGGAGAGAGCGCCCUCUUCAGGCUGCAGAGCGCCCUCUUCAGGCUGGAAAGGGCGCCCUCUUCAGGCUGGAGAGCGCCCUCUUCAGGCUGCAGAGCGCCUUCUUCAGGCUGGAGAGCGCCCUCUUCAGGCUGGAGAGCGCCCUCUUCAGGCUGGAGAGCGCCCUCUUCAGGCUGGAGAGCGCGCCCUCUUCAGGCUGGAGAGCGCCCUCUUCAGGCUGGAGAGCGCCCUCUUCAGGCUGGAGAGCGCCCUCUUCAGGCUGGAGAGAGCGCCCUCUUCAGGCUGGAGAGCGCCCUCUUCAGGCUGGGGAGGGCGCCCUCUUCAGGCUGGAGAGAGCGCCCUCUUCAGGCUGGAGAGAGCGCCCUCUUCAGGCUGGAGAGAGCGCCCUCUUCAGGCUGCAGAGCGCCUUCUUCAGGCUGGAGAGCGCCCUCUUCAGGCUGGAGAGAGCGCCCUCUUCAGGCUGCAGAGCGCCCUCUUCAGGCUGCAGAGCGCCCUCUUCAGGCUGGAGAGCGCCCUCUUCAGGCUGCAGAGCGCCUUCUUCAGGCUGGAGAGCGCCCUCUUCAGGCUGGGGAGCGCCCUCUUCAGGCUGGAGAGCGCCUUCUUCAGGCUGCAGAGCGCCCUCUUCAGGCUGGAGAGCGCCUUCUUCAGGCUGCAGAGCGCCUUCUUCAGGCUGGAGAGAGCGCCCUCUUCAGGCUGGAGAGCGCCCUCUUCAGGCUGGAGAGAGCGCCCUCUUCAGGCUGGAGAGAGCGCCCUCUUCAGGCUGGAGAGCGCCCUCUCCAGGCUGCAGAGCGCCCUCUUCAGGCUGGAGAGCGCCCUCUUCAGGCUGGAGAGCGCCCUCUUCAGGCUGCAGAGCGCCCUCUUCAGGCUGGAGAGCGCCCUCUUCAGGCUGGAGAGCGCCCUCUUCAGGCUGGAGAGCGCCCUCUUCAGGCUGGAGAGCGCCCUCUUCAGGCUGGGGAGAGCGCCCUCUUCAGGCUGGAGAGGGCGCCCUCUUCAGGCUGGGGAGAGCGCCCUCUUCAGGCUGGGGAGCGCCCUCUUCAGGCUGCAGAGCGCCCUCUUCAGGCUGCAGAGCGCCCUCUUCAGGCUGGAGAGCGCCCUCUUCAGGCUGGAGAGCGCCCUCUUCAGGACGGUAGUGCAGUACAUGUGGAUAUCCUUUGGAUGA